AUUUCAAUUGUGUAUUGUUGACAUUAAUAAUAAUGACAUAUUCAACGUAAAAUUAUUCGAAAACAUUGACUGUUUAUUUUUAUUUUUAAUUAAAUUGUAAACGGCAUUUCAAUUUAAUGUAAAUAAUAGUGGAAUUCUGUGCAGCACAUCUGUCAAUUGAACAAUUAUCAAAAGAAAACAUUUUCUAAUAUUAGAAAAUUCGAAGUUUAAAAUAAUAUGAUAAAACACAUAUGAUCAAUAACCAAUUUUGAGAUAUGACUUUUACCGCCAAAAAUUUUUCCAAUAGACUGUUGACCGCAAGACUAUAUUGUGAAUACAGAGCGUGUGUGUAUGUUUUAUGAGGGAGAAAGAAUUGUAAUAUCUAAAAAAAUAUAUAUUGUAUUAGUUGAGUGUGAAUUCCUCCUGGUUACAUCUAUUCAUUGAACUUGUUGAAUUACGGGAGACUUCCAGUUUGACUUUCCAAUCACACUAUAUCAUUGAAUCGCAUGAUACUAUUGUAUUGAUACCUUUGUUGGACGGUUUUCAUAAUGGAUAAACUUAAUUUGUUAUGUACUGUGCAAUUGUCGAACUUAAAAUUGACCAAAAUUCAAAAUAUAAUAGACAUCGUCGCAAACAACUAAACAUUUUUUUGAACAAAAAUUGUGAUUUACUGACAAACAACAGAAAUAUGCCUUGGUGGACAUGUUUAAAUUGCGCUAGCAAGACCACACAAACAAAUUGCAACGACAUAAUCGUUUUAGAUUAUGCACAUCAUUCAUUACAUGAUGUACCAGCUGAUGUGUUUCAAUACGAAAGAACAUUGGAAGAAUUAUAUCUAUCUUCGAAUAGGAUCACAGAAUUACCGAGACAAUUGUUUUUGUGCCAUGGACUCAAAGUGUUAGAUUUGAGUGAUAACGACCUCAGUUCGAUUCCGACAGCACUUUCCUCACUGACCAACUUAGGAAAAAUCAAUCUAGCGCGAAAUUCCCUGAAUCAUCUUACCGAUUCAAUAGUCGCGUGCAAAUCGUUAACACAUUUGGAUUUAAGUCUUAACAGUUUAGAAAAGCUUCCAGAUGCAAUAACCAGUUUAUUUGCGCUACAAGAACUAUAUUUAAAUGAUACAAUUCUAGAAUAUUUACCAGCAAAUUUUGGUCGUCUUACCUCUUUACGUAUAUUGGAAUUGCGUGAUAAUAAUCUGAUAACGUUGCCCAAGUCCAUGAAUCGAUUGCAACAUUUAGAGCGGCUAGAUAUUGGCAACAAUGAAUUUACCGAAUUGCCUGAAGUAAUUGGAUCAUUAACAGCAUUAACUGAACUAUGGGUUGAUGGAAAUCGGAUACGACACUUCAAUUGUAAUGUGUCAAAUUUGAAGGAACUUGUUCACUUCGAUGCUAGCAACAAUUUAAUCCAACAUUUACCGACUGAGAUUGGCAACUGGCAACGAUGCCAAGAAAUGUGUUUAUCAGCCAACGAAAUAGAAGAGUUGCCAUUUUCCAUUGGAAUGAUGAAAUCUUUGAUUGUUUUAAAGGUUGAUGAAAAUCAAUUGCAAGAAUUGCCCGAUUCAAUAUGUGAGAUGGAGAGCUUGGAAGAACUGAUGGUUAGUCAUAAUGAUUUAUUUAAAUUGCCAAGCACAAUUGGACUUUUGCGACGGCUAAGAUUUCUAACAGCUGACGAAAAUUUACUACGAUCGUUACCGAAUGAGAUCUGUAGUUGUUCCAACUUAACGAUAUUGAGUGCGAGGGGAAAUAAACUGACUAAGAUUCCGGUGGAUAUUGGUCGUUUAACACAGUUACGCGUUUUGAACAUUGUAAACAAUUUUUUAAGCAAUUUACCAGUCACUAUUCUAAAUUUAUCUAUGCUCAAUGCUCUGUGGAUAAGUGAUAAUCAGAGUCAACCUCUAAUGCCUUUACAAAAAGAAUUCCAUAAAGAAUCACAAUGUUAUUAUUUAACAUGCUAUCUAUUGCCACAAGUCUAUACUUCACAUUCGACGUCAACAAAUGCUGCGUCAACGUCAACGGCACCAGAAAGCACAUAUGACUAUUUACCAUCAUCAAUCUGUGAUACACCUCAACAAAAUAUGCACAUUGCUGCCCUAGAAAAUCUAUCACUAGCCGCUAUUGCACAAAAACGCAAACGAAAUAUUUGCUUUGCAUCGGAUCCACCACAAGAAAUUGUACCAAAUCUAAGACUUAUGAGAAGCCCAACACCAUACCCAAAAGAACUGCGAAUGAUGCAAGCCAAAUUUGCUGCCAAUAAAAUGCAACAUCAGCAAUUGCAUACGCAGAGAUAUGCACAACAAGAAAAUGACACAAAUAAUCUUGAUCCGCACAGCAAUACAAAACCGUUAAACACAAUAAACACGGAAAAUAUGCUGAAUAUGCAGACAGAACAAACAAACAUUUCACAAGAUCAUCCCGUCAGCAAGCUGCCAAUGAUAAACAAUAUUGAAAAUGAUGUGCCAAAUAAUAUUAACAAAUUUGAUAUGAGUAUGCCAAACGUGAAUACGACUUUACCAAAUACCAGUGUUCCAAGACAAUUACUAUCAAAUACUGAUUUGUACCGGCACACGAAUAUCAACAAUGAUUUAGUUCAAUAUGAUUCUGUGAAUGCAAAUUUUCUUCGUCGAAAUGCAUCUGUUAUUGCCGAAUCAAAUAUCGAUGCAGCUCAACAACAACAACAACAAUCAUAUUCAUCAAGUUCAUACAUUGAUCUUAAUUCGAUCAAUAAAGAAAACGAAUUGAAGAUGGACUCAAACAAUGCACAACUUGAAACUGAAAGCAAUCAAAACAAUAUUUAUACAGAUAAGCCGCAGCAACAACCUCCUCCGUACCAUAUUGCCAAGGCAUUUACAAAAAAAUCCAAACAGGAUUUGCUCAUUUAUGAUAUUUAUCGUAAUAACUAUCAACAACAACAAAAUUCUAAAGUAACGGAUCUACAUUUGCCAAAUGAUCGCAAUGAUAAUUUGAAGUCAGAGCAAGAGACAAGCAAUGCGGUUGAUUCAGACAACAAUGAAGUUAACAUCGACGAUACCAUUAAUCAAACUCGAAACAAUUCUCUAUUGCAAGGAAAGACAGGUGUCUGGCUUUUUGGCGAACAUAAAAAUCCAACUGUGAUGCAAUUAAGCGUUCCGAAAGUUUCAAGUGAUAUUGGCUUUAAGAUCGUAAAACAUUUAAAUCAGGGAAUAUUUAUAAGUGAUGUAGAAACGCAUUCAUCGGCGCAUGGCAAAUUGAUUGUAAAGGAUAAAAUUUUGGAUGUAGAUGGUGUUGAUUUCACAAAAAUCUCACUGGCUGAUGCCGAAACAGUUUUAUCAAAUGCCGGAUCAGUGAUGAAUAUUAUGAUUUCACGUUCUAAUUAAGUGUACUUUUCCCAUUUCACAAAUUGCUAUAAAAUGUUACAUUAAAUAAGACUCACAUUUUAGCAGUAUAAUUCUAUAUGAAAUAAAAGAAAAUUCUACAGCAUUCCAUUGUUAAA